AUUCCACCCGCGACCGGUCACGGCGUCCUCUUUGCCCGACACACGCUCUUUCGCACGGAGCUUCAUCAAUCCCCAGGCGGACUUUGCUGUCUCGUCCUUCUCCUGCAUCUCUGUCUGAGCGAUUGAACCGAAUUGCACGGGGGAGCUAUUGCCGCCGGCGCAUGCAUGUGUUGAAAGCUGGCUCUGAGACAACGGUGCUUGGAGCUGUGCUACACAAAAGAGCAGGAGGAGGCUGUGUGUGCAAACGACGUACUUGGAUUGGUUUGAAGCAAUUCUCGAACAAUGGCCGACACUGCGGCCAAGCGCAAUAGCAUUGCCGGCAAGAUUGCGACACCAAAGAUUGGAGGCGGCAGCAGCCCAGCUACCUCGUCGCUGGACUCGCUGGAGGUGCUGAGCAAGGCAAUUGGAUGCCGAAUCAAAAUCACCACCGCCGCACCGCACUCGCAGACAUACGAGGGAACUCUGUUCAACGCUUGUCCAGUGUUGCAUGUGAUCGCCAUCAAUACGCGCGCUCCUCCACCGAACCCUGCGUCCAAUGCUGCCGCCCAGCCUGGCGAUUACCACAUCAUCCCGUUUUCUCGCAUUCAGAGCUCUCAAGUGAUCUCCCUGGCAGGCGCGGAGGGCGUUGCACAGCCCGUCAUUGGAGCAGUGGAUAUCAGACAGCUGCAGAAGCGCGAGGAAACUCGCGUCAACCAGCUGCGUGAGGAAGAGGAGUCUAGGGGUAAAGGAGUCAGUAAGGAGGCGCAAGCCAUCUUCGACUCCUUUAGGCGAAUCAACGUUCCAGUCCGCUGGCACAACCAGGAGAUCAUCGUGCUCGAACAUGUGAUCGUUGUGCCUCCAUACCGCCCCGAGGAUUGCAAGGCUAGCAAGGACAAGCAAGAGACUUUGAUUCGCGUGCGCAAGAUCCUCGAAGGCGAACGCAAAAAGUUGCAGGAGAAGGAGGCACGCGAGCGAAGCGCGGCCGUGGGACCACGCAAAGGAGGUUGAGGAAAUAUAUGCUCCGACUCCCACUUACGAUUCCAACAGUCCAACUGGCGCAGACCAAGGAUUCUCAUCACGAAGAGUAUUCCCAGCGCCGAGGAUGACCCGUCCAAAGCUCGUCACUUGUGUGAAGGAAGUCGAGGGACCAUCUGGCGUCAUCUGACAAUUGUCUUGUACAAUCCGAAUAGCCAGAC